UUCCUCAUUCUGAAAUAAGAGAGAGAGAGAGAGAGAGAGAGAAAACUCAGGAAAAAGAGUGAGAGGGAGUACACUGAAGAUUGAAAGAUGGAGAAAAAGGGUGCAAGUUUAUUCUAGUGCAGCAAGAGAGAGAGAGUAAAGUGAAGAUAGAAAGAAGGUGCAAGUUGAUUCUUUGGGGAGAGAGAGAGAGUUAUUAGGCUUGUUCAAACUUCAAACUGCAAAAUUCUUGUUCAAUAGAGAGAGAGAGUUAUUAGGCUUGCUCAAACUGUGAAAUUCUUGUUCAAUAGAGAGAAAGAGUUAUUAGGCUUGCUCAAACUGUGAAAUUCUUGUUCAAUAUAGAGAGAGAGAGAGAGAGAGGAUACCAUGGACAAGGCAUGGAUGAGGGGUGUUUGGGAGAUGGUAAAAGCAGCCCUGUCUCAAAAGCUGCUCACUAAUCACCUCCCUUCUUCUUCAUCUUCAUCUCUCUCUACCAUUAUUCCUCAUCGUCUCUCAGGCAUCUCAGUCAUCGUUACGGGUGCAACAAGCGGUAUCGGUCUCGAAACCGCUCGGGAGCUGGCGAUGGCAGGGGCUCACGUGGUGAUGGCGUGUAGGAAUACAGGCGCCGCGGAGGAGCUGGCAAACGCAUGGAAUCAGUCCAUCAACGCCGCUCCACCUCCAACCCCUAUGGUCGAGGUGAUGCACCUUGAUCUUCUCUCUCUAACGUCGGUGCGUGAGUUCGGUGCGGAGUGGGAGAGGCGCGGUGCUCCUUUGCACGUCCUCAUCAACAACGCCGGCGUCCUCCGCUCAGCUGAGCCACAAAUAUUUUCAAGUGAUGGAUUGGAACAACAUGUGCAAGUGAAUCAUGUGGGGCCUGCCCUUCUUACUCUUCUCCUUCUUCCCUCACUCCUCCGUGCCGGCUCAUCUAGGGUUAUCAAUGUCAAUUCUGUGGCACAUCAUUGUGCAGUGGUGGACCCCGACAAAUGGACGAGCAAGAUUGAAAACCAGAAAUAUAGUAGCUUGAGAACCUAUGGUGCUAGCAAACUUGCACAUCUCAUGUUUUUGAGAACACUUGCCUCCAAGCUCAUGGAGCAGAGACAAACUUCCAUCCAUUGCAUUGCAGUACAUCCAGGGAUUGUCACCACGAACUUGGUUCCAAGUUUUAGCAAGAAAUCAUUUUGGCAAUUCAAUCCAUUUGAAGGAGCAAGAAGCGUCCUCUUUUGUGCCACCAAUGCUGACAUGGCAGAAAACCUAGUCAAAGGGUUUGCUUACUACUCCUGUGAUUGCAAGCCUGCCAAGGUGUCACCCCUCGCAGCUGACGUGGCAUCAUGUGCACGCGUUUGGGAAAAGACUCUCCACCUAUGUGGAUUACACGUCGACUAUGUAAGCCACGUCAUCACAGCCUCCACUAAAAUCGCCGAUCCUCAAUAAUUCGGCAUAUUAUUUGGAAUCGCUCGACGGGACGUCCGUCAUAAAUCAGGCUUGGGCUCAAAUGGUUAGCAUGCAUCUCAAGUUGACUCCAAUCGGUCGAGUCCCUAUAGUGAAUCGGCUUGCUCUCGACAACUUGAGGCAUUUUCUCGAUUUAGGACCAUUUUGAAUCUCCAAUCAUUGGGUGUAAAAAAACUCGAACGAUUUUGAGUUAGCUCUUGAUUUUCCUCAUCAGUGAAAAUAUCUUAAGUAGGGUGGACCCAAUUAAUCGCCGUUGUUGUAUACUAAAACGCAAAGAUGUAAACUGCCUGAUAAGUCCAUUUUAUUACC